UACCUCUUUCGUUCUGUUCCGAUUAAUUGCUACUUUGCUCCUUUCGCUGUGUGUUGUGAUUCCCCAGCACCGCCUAUAAUUUUAUCUGUGCUGUUAUUUUGGCCCGCAGAACCUCGAUUUUUUUUUCUAUUCUCUGAUUCGUAGUUACAAUUGGCUCCAGAAGCUUCCAAAUUUUGUACGCUUCCAAAUCUUGUACUCGCCUGGCUAUUCACCUGGCUAUUCCCAACCUUUGUAAAUCGCCGUAAAACUUCUGUUUUUUGUUAGCACCUCCUUGUCAGUCAGACAGCUCGGCGUUCCAUUGCUACUUUUCCAUUCGGCCGACGUCGACACUUACCUGUGAACCCCUUGUGAUUCACCGCAAAUCCUCUGUUUUUUAGUUCUCACUUUCUUGUAAGUCAGACGGCCGUCGCCCGUCGUCGUUAGGACCAAAUUUCCAUUCGGCGGCCACUUACCUGUGAAUCGUCUGCAUCGUCUUGCCCGGCACCACACCAAUCUCGGCGUCGCUUUGUGUCGCCGACUCUCUGUUGCAUUCCACCUUGGCGUGUUUUUUUUUCCAAAUUAAUACAUGUUGUUUUUGCAUUGUUGACGCUGUGUUGUAAUCUAAUCAAAAUUUCCCUGUUUUUUUUUCUCUGCCCAAUUGUUGUAACUAUGCACAUGUUUGUUCUCGGUACCGUUUGUCACAUUUCUGCAGUCUUGACCUGUUUGGACGUGUGGAUGAGUAGACUCUGUUGUUGUUGCCGUUAUUGAUUACUAUGUUGUUCUUUCUAGCCCGGAGAUGGUUACUGUCUUAUGCUCCGUCUUGAUUGGAUUGUCCGUUGAUGAAUUUAUGCAUUCUUGUUUGAUCUUCUUGGAUUGAUUGUACGACUUGUAGGAAGUCGCAAGUUUUGUCUACUACUGAUGUAACUGUAAUGUUGACCCCGUAAAGUCUGUGUUUGGCCAAGUGUUUAUUGUUUGGUGAUGAUCCUUGUUUGAUCUUUUUGUUGUUGGUUUUUGGUCAUCGUUUACUUGAAACUUGUGACCCCUUGCCUAAUCCUUUGCUUGUGCGGAUUUAGGGUGGUUUGUCUUGUCUAUUGUCGACUUCUCUUCUUUGUCGUCCGACUCAUUAAUUCCACGUGGCUGAUGUUGUAUUGUUGCCCGUUCGUUGUUUUACUUGGUUGUUGCUAAUGCAAACAUAGCCGGUUUAAAUAAUCAGCAUUCAUCUGUUAGUUUGCACGGGUCCUGUGUAACGUCGACAGAAAAUUGGUGUCAAUCAAUUUCAUAGGUCUGUUGUCUCGUCUGUUGUUAUAUUUCAGUCCCGCGUAUAACUAGAUUUCUGACAUGAGAGGACAGUCUGUUUUUGGUGCCUACCAGGGUCAGGGCAUAAUAUGGUCUUCGCCUGGCCCAAGUGUAAGGUCGCCGAUACCUGUUUCCAUCCCAAAUUGCUCCAAAUUCUCGUGUUCUCAAAUUCCAGUACUCAGUAGUUUGAUGGCCGCACUUGGCCGAGCUGUAUUAGAAGUGCAACGCACACAACAAGAACAAAUUACAACACUGUGCCGACUGGUUGUGUGUCUUGCCAGUAACCAUUCCUCCAGUAAAUACAGGGGAACCAGGUCGCCACGGACUCAUCCAUGUUUCUUGUGUAGCCGACUUGGUCACUGGAAAAGACAGUGUCCACUGAGAUGUAGUCCGGGCCAUAAGGGCCCCAAUAACCAUCCACCAUCUCUCCCUAUCCGCAGCGACAGCGACACUCCCGCACCAGCUGACGCGACCACCGCCCACUCCGGGUCGGGACCAGUAACCCCGCGUGGACUUCGGUCCGCGGGACCCUCUUCUUCUUCCUUUCCAGCUUCACCUAACUCCGAUCCCCGGGGGACACCAGUACUGACUCCGGUGACACCUGUCCUACCGUCUGCGCCAGCGACUGACAUUCAUGUCCCGCCACCGGUUUCUGUCCUGCUGCCGACGCCAGGGGCGGCCCGGGCCGAGUCUCCCGUAACGCCGCCUGUGCCUGUCCCGCGAACGUCAGUAACGCCGCCUGUGCCUGUCCCGCGGACGUCAGUAACGCCGCCUGUGCCUGUCCUGCCAACCACCAGUACUACCGUUCCCACCACAUCUCCACGGCGACGACCCAGCCGUCGUCAGAACCGUCCAGAAUACAUGAACACUUCCAUUUCUAUACCAGACCAUGUUCCUCUUAGUUAUAGUGAUAGCGAGACAGACCAUCUCCACCCCAACGUAUGCCAGGAUUGUUUUCAGGACGAGGGGCUUACUGGCCAGGGCCCUCCUUCGGAUAGGCCGGGUCCCCGGGGGGAAUCGCUCGAGGUGGACCCCUCGCCCCCUCCCUUGAGGUCCGUAGCUCACGACUCCUCGCCUAAAAGCUGGAGCCCAGUCACCCACCUGAUGUCAUCCUUAGUUCGGGCCUUCAAUCGCCCACCAAAACUGGAAAGUUUCUCUAUUUAGUGUUUAUGGUUAUUAUGUCCAUGUAACUACUGAAAAGUAAAUUUUUCCUUUCGUCUGAGGUUCCAUGUAUGUGUAGUUGGUGACGUUCAAGUACCCCUUGUUUUCCUUUUUGUCACGUCCAAAUUUGGAACGAGAAACCUCUGCCACCCCACCAAGCCUAGGGGUCUCUGUGGGUUCGCUUACCACGGGGGAGUGCGGGCGACUAGCACUCUUCCCGUCAGGGCCACCACUCUUUCUAGUACUAGUAAUUGUAUGAGCAUAGGGCAAGUUUCUCGUCCUCUUGACGUGUACCGCAGUAUCACGCUGCUAGUCUCUUCCCUUGGGGUCGCGCAAAACUCACCUUUUCCAUUAACGGACCUCCGUCUACGAUUGGAAAAGUUUUCCUUUCUCGUUUUUUAUUUCACUGUGUAUUUUCUUUUUGAAUAAGAUGCGGAAAUAUUUUCCCUUUUUCGAUGAGAUCAGGUAUUCUAUGGAUCAGCAAGGUAGGAAUCGUAGCUUGUUUUACGACCAACUUCCCAGGGAGUUAGGUAGUGGGGUUUCCUCGUUCUUCUCCUCGAUGGGUCCCGUUGUCCCUUCCGAACGUUGGGCGCUCCUAGUCCCCUCCCCGUCCUGCAGUCAUGGAACCCCCGCAAAACACGGUGGGCUCCCGAGCAAAAACGCUCUAACUGUCUCGACCGGGUUAGAAAUGGUCUGUCUGUGCUAAGUAUAUUUGAUUUGCUUUGGUUUUAAAAUGGUCGUCGACGAUCCUGUACUCUGAUAAGAGUUUGUUAUAAUUAGGUAUGUUCUGGUUUGAAACUGAUCGUAAACGACCCUGGACUUUGGUAACUUUGGUAUAAUUGGUACGUCCAGUGGUUAAGACGAUCCUGUACUCUGGUAAGAGUUUGUUAUAUUAGGUUUGAAACUGAUCGUAAACGACCCUGGACUUUGGUAACUUUGGUAUAAUUGGUAUGUCCAGUGGUUAAGACGAUCCUGUACUCUGGUAAGAGUUUGUUAUAUUAGUUAUGUCCGGUGGUCAAAGCGACCCCGGACUUUGGUAAACUU